AUGAAUCCAUAUGAAAUCAUUGGUUCAGUCAUUUGUAGUUUGGAUGCAGAGAAAGACAUCAAGGUUUCGGAUAUGGGAAUAUCCUUGAAAUUCACUUUAUUCACGAGAUUGGCAUUCCAUUCGCCAAGAACUCCAUUGAUUUCUGAUAAUGAUAGUUACAUUUUCGAUUCAGUUCUAAAAACAAUUCCUAAACCGGAAAGAAUGAUAGUUUCUCUUGAAACAUCGAAUAUAAUGGAUAAAUUCAACGAAGCAGCUGAAAAAGGAUUGACAAUGAUCAUUAUUGAUGUUGAAAAGCUUACUCCGAACCUUCAAUUCUUCCUUAGAAUGGCGAGAUCUAAUGAUGGAAAAGCAACUUUCGACAUUGGACAAAGAAAAGUCAAAGUUUCUGAACAAUUUAGAUUGAUUUUGUUCACUCCUUUGCCAAUGAAUGAUGUUCCAGAAAACUUGAAAUCUGUUGUUACUCCUGUGGACUUUUCUAAGUUCUCCAAGGGAUUCCCAAGAGAUGUAAUCGAAAGAGCAUUCAUCAUGAAAUACAACACGAAAGAAUUGUCAACAAUUGCUGAUCCUUGUUUGACGAGAAUGCAAAAGUUGUAUGAAAUAAAUACAACAGAAAAGGAUUUGUUAGAAAUAAUUAAUGAUAUAAGAACCAACCAAAAGGAAGAUAUCAAUUACGUAUUGGUUGAAGACAAUGAAACAUUUACUUCUUUGUUAACUGUCAAGAAACUUUUCAUUGGCUUGAUAAGUGAAGAUAUUGAUUACGAAGAAUUAAGUGAUAAAAAGAAAGUUGUUUUGCAUCCAUACGAAAACGCAAUUGAUAUUUGUGAAUCAAUGUGGCUCAGCUUAUCAAGAUACCUUCCAAGAGUUUCCAAUUUGUAUUCAUUUAGUUUCUCCGGCUACAUGGAAAUGAUAAAUCAAAUCAUUUCUGAAGUAACUGAAAUUGAGAAAUUACCAAGAUUAUUCAUUGCUUCCGUUGAACAGAAAUACUUCAAAUCGAUGACAAUGAGAGAUUCCAUCUUCUUCAUGCUCAUUUGCUCAUUCUUUAACAACUGCAGACAUGGAUUUACUCAUGAAAGUGACUUACAAGUCAUUGCACAACACAUUCAAGCAGAAUAUGAUGGAAGAAUACAGAUGUUUGGUCCUGAACCAGGAAGAUCUUCUUUCGACCAAAUGAAGUUCGUAAAUAUUUUGGGACUUUACAAAUUGGCAACAUCAUUAAUUUGCGACAAUUUCGAUGAACACUUCUUAGAAGCCAUUCCUAUGGAUUCUAUUCCUUUGGACCAACCAAUAGUCAUUUUAAAGAACACAGGGAGAACAUUGAAAUUGGACAUCGAUGAUGAAGAAUGCUUGGAAUUCACUUAUGGAAUCGAAUCCGAUUAUUUAACUUUGAUGAAAAGCGCUAUAACAAGAGCAAGAAUACAUGGAAAUCGUGUUAUUGUGUAUUAUGAUUCUCCGAACCCUUCAAUCGCUACAUUUAUUAAUGAUAACAUUGACGCAGUAAAUACACAACCACCAAAUGAAAAAUUCCAGUUAAUUAUUUCUUGUUCUACAUCAGAAUACAUUCCUCAUUCCGUAAUGUCUCGUUGUGUUGUGUUACAAACCAGAGAACCAGUAUGUGUAGCACAAACAAUGAGACAUUUGAAGCCAGUUAUCUGUUCAUCAACAGAUUUCCAACUACAUUAUGCAAUUGCAACAGUUUUCGCAAUCCAAAACGUAAGAGCUUUCCUUGGACCUUGUGGCUUGUUCAAUGCACAGUUCGUCAAUGUCGAACUCAUUAAGAGUGUCAUGGAAAGACUUAAGUUUGAUAAAAUCACUGUUCCUGCUGCGAGAAAAAUCACUGAAUCCAUUGUAUCAAAUUCAUUUUGUUACAAAGAUGAUUGCGACAAAGUUAUUGCACAUUUGAAGAAAAUCAUAAAUCCAGACAUAACUGAUGACAUUUUCACAUUCACAAGGUCACAGUUAUCAGCUGGAUCUCCAUGGAUUAUACCUAAAGAUAACAAAGGAUACGAUGAAGUUGUCAGCCAUUUACCUGUUUUACCUGCUCAUGAAGUUUUGUGUGUUGAUAGAAGUUUAUCAUCAAUCACUGAAUCAUGGUCACUUUCUCGAUGGUUAAGUGAACCAUUUAUGACAUUAGCAAGAGAUUCAACGAUUGAUUCAACAGCGAAACUUUCUUCCAUUUUGGUUACUAUUCCUGAUCCGAUCGAAAUUCCUUUAACUCUUGCUCCCUCUCCAGCAUCAAUUAUUGCAAAGAAAGAAGCGAGAAUCUACAACGAAACAAUCAAAGCUGUGAAGCAAUCAGUCCAGAAUCCAACUAAAUUCACUCACAUGUGCGUUGCAAAUGACAUAAGUCCUCCUGAAUGGGGAAAGGCAGCUCACAUCAACGCACCAAUAAGAAUUGCUGCUUUCUUCAGAGCAUUGAUAGCCAGAAGAGAGUUCAUCGAUAUCUGUGUCAAGACAAGAAAUCUUCCAAAGAGAAUAGAUGCAAACAGUUGCUCAGAUGUCAAAGCUUUGGUUUCUGCUGUUUGUGCAAGUGUUGCAACGAAUUUCUCUGAACAAGAUGCUGUUUUCGAGUUAGAACGCGCAAGUGAUUCACCUUUGGCAUUGGAUGGAGUUGCAAUUGUUGGUUGGGGAUUCGAUCCAAGAAGCAAACAGUUGUCGCAGCCAACUAAAGUUACAAAACCAUCAAGUAAGAUGUUUACUUUGCAUCUCAGAGCUCAACCUUCUUCUUCCGAAAUGAUGAUUGUACCAAUUCUCCUUACUAUUGGACCAAAUACAUUAGAUAACUAUGUAGCAAGACUGGCAAUAAGAGGAGACUUAUCUUAUGAUGAUAUGAUAAUCAAUGGAGUUUGCGCUGUUUUGCAUCUUCCAUCAUCAUUUGAAGAAUAA